CGUGGUUUAGCCAGUCGGUUAGCAUGGAGGCUAACAGGUUCUCUCGGUGCUUUUAAUAAAUAUAAGUGUUUUUAGAACAGCGAAAUGGAAAUAAACGUCAAUUUAUGGAAUUAACCGUUUGAAAUAAUGGAUGUACGUGUGUGUUAAACGGAGUUUUCUUUAAUAAGAGCAUCAGGGCAGAAAUGAAAGCAGCGCGUCUCACAGGUGAAGUCUGUUCGGGGUUUAAAACCUGCUCCACCCGUUAAAGAAGCGGCGCUAGCUGUAGAGGACUCGCCGCACCGCAGGAUGUUUACCAAGCUGAAGAAGAAGAUAGCCGAGGAGGCGGCGCUGGCCCCGCGCUCCGGACGCUUGCCUCGCUCCACCAGCAAAGACUCCAUCACCUCAGUGGGAGCCGACUCCGGAGAUGACUUUGCAUCAGACGGCAGCAGCUCCAGAGACGAUCUGCCCUCUCAGAUUCUGCGCAGGAACGGUCAGAUCCGAAAACUGGAGGCCAAACUGGCAGACUACGCUGAGCAGCUUCGGCUAAUGCAGAAGACCAAGGAGAAGCUUGAGGUUGCAUUAGAGAAGCACCAGGAUUCCGCUUUGCGGAAGCUGCAGGACCAGAACGAAUCCUUCCAGGCCAACAGAGCCAAGAUGGCAGAAGGCAUGGCCUUAGCACUGGAGAAGAAGGAUCAGGAAUGGAUGGAGAAGAUGGCUGUGGUAGAGAAGGAUAAAGCCUCUUUAUCUCUCCGCCUGGAGCAGAGUCUGAGUCUCUUCCAGAAGAGGGACGAGCAGGACGAGCUCGAGGGCUUCCAAAUGCAAGAACUGGCCAAAGUUAAACACAUGCUGCUGAGAAAGGAGGAGCAGCUGAGUCAGAAGGAGCGUGAAGUCAAGCUCAGAGGAGAGGAGCUGACCGAGGCUCGUCUAGCGCUCGGUCAAACCCAAGAUAAACUCUACGAGCUCGGGGAGGAACAUGAAGAGACCUGCAGGCUCAACUCAGAGCUACAGACUCACAGAGACAAACUGCUGAAUGAUAAGGAGGAGGCUGACCGGAAGAUCUCUGAUCUGGAGACCAGAAAGGAACAGCUUCAGAAACUCAUCCAGCAAGUGUCUGAGGAUUUCCAGACGGCUCAGAACAACGCCAGAUCUUUACAGACGUCCCUGGAGUCUCUGCAGGCUGAACACAGUGAUUUAAAACUGCAGCAUGAACAGCACAAGAGCAAGGCUGCGGUGACGAAUGAGGAGCGAGAGCGGCUGCUGGCCGAUCUGCAGGAGAAAGCCCUGUCACUGAAGCGCAGACUGGAGUCGAACUUCUCCCAGGAUGAACAUCUACAGGAGCUGCUGAAGGAGAAGUCGUUGUUGGAGCAAAGAUUAGAGGAGGCCAGAGCCGAGCUGCUUGAGGAACGAACUAAUCACACUACAGCCGUGAACACGCUAGAGGCCCAGGUCUCCAGGCUCAACACUAACGUUACUGAGCUCCAGACCCUGCUGAGACACAAAGACGAAUCGGCCAGAUCCUACAGGGAGAGAACGGACUUACAGAUCGCCGAGCUGGAGCAGAAACGGUCCGACUUCACCGAGCGGAUCAGUGGUUUGGAGCGGCAGCUGGAGGAGAGCGGAACGCACAGAGAAAAUCUGCAGGUGGAGUGGGCGGAGGAGAGGGAGAGGUUGCAGCAGCAGGUCUCGUCUCUGAGACAAAGAGGCCUGGAAAAAACUGCCAAACUGGAAGAGGAGAUCCUCGCUCUGCAGAGGGAGAGGGAGGCUGAGAUCAGCGCUCAUCAGGACAGCGUGAGGUUAUUGGAGGAGGAGAAGGCCACUCUUGUGAAGUGCAAAUCUGAAAUGGAGAGCGCAGCAGAGAAGCUCAGUUCAGACCUUGAACACGCCAAAGCGGAGUUGAGCAGCAGGCAGACAGUCAGUGUGGAGAUCGCUAAAGCUUUAGAAGAGACAAGAAAGCAGAGAGAGGAGCUGCAACAACAGGUUGGUGAGAUGUCGGAGUCUUUGCAGAGGGCGGAGCAGGAGGCGUGUAGGCUCUCCGAACAGGUGGGCUCCAGAGAGGCGGAGAUGAACAGCCUACGAGAGGAGCUUCUGGCUGCUCGCUCCAGUAUCUCCUCCAUAAAGGCCAAAUGUGAAGCCCUGCAUGCAGAAGCAGAGGAGAGGGAGCGUGAGAAAGACGCCCAGCUGGAAUCACUGCGCCAGGAGCUCCUCGCACACACUCAGCAAGCUGAGGCUCAUCCAUCCAAGACGGCCGAUCUGCAGACUGAAGUGGACAGUGUAACGGUGGACGGAGAGGUGUGUGUAAGUGAGCAGAAUGGAAGCGUCACUGUCGAGGAUCUGGACGAGCUGCAGAGAUCCAACAAAGACCUGGAGCAGCAGCUCAGUGAGAAAAACAAGACAAUAAAACAGCUGCAGCAGAGACUAGCGGAGCUGAAAAGGACACUACAGAAAGAGCUGAAACUGAAGCCGGACGCCGACUCGGAGAGCAAGGACAAGCUGCAGGAGGCCAAACCCAGCCACGAGGCGCCGGUCCAGGUCGCAGCCCUUGCCUUGACCCCCAGCUUUGCCCUGGGUCUCGGCCCGGUGAGCGGCUACUCGAACAUCAAAGUGAUAAACAGCUCGGACCUGACGGACACGCGGGAGAUCAACUUCGAGUAUCUCAAACACGUCGUGCUCAAGUUCAUGAGCUCCAGAGAGGCAGAGGCGUUCCAGCUGAUCAGAGCAGUGUCAGUACUGCUGCAUUUCACUAAUGAAGAAGAGGACAUGCUCAAGCAGACACUGGAAUACAAGAUGUCCUGGUUCGGCUCCAAGCCCACGCCCAAAGGCAUCAUCCGACCUUCCAUCUCGGGGAGCUCGAACAGCUGGACUUGAGUGAGCUGGAAGCUCAGACACGCAGAGGACGGACGGAACGUUUCGUAGGUUAGCAUGAUGUGCGUGCGACAUCUCUGUCUUUUCGGGUCCUCUGGAGCACCGGGAUGCAGCUUCUCCCUUCUCUUCUCGGGUGUUUGGUACUGGUGAAUGACUUCACAUAACGAUAACGGUUUUGGGUGAAGUGGCCGCUCAAAAUGAUGCGCCGUUCAGGAGAAUCGAGGGAAAGAACAGAAGGUCUGAAGGCGCCGGAGACAGUACCCACUCGUCCUUAUAACAGUGCAUGUAUAAGAUAAUGUAAAAAUAAAAAAGACGUGGCUUUACCACGGAGCAUCAGUGAAGAACACGGCUCAUUGCUGCAUCUUCCUCCCUUUACUUGGCCGCUUUAUGUGUAAAUGACAACGACUUACAUUCCACACGUCUAUUUAUAUAUGAACUGUAAAUAACGAAUGAAAGGUUUCUAAAUGAAUGGGUGUGCAAAUUUUCUUCCAACCUUUUAUUUUUGCUUUUUAUACAUCGUUUAUGGGACUAACUAUCGAACGUAUGGGACGGAAUCAGACCAUCGGAGGUGCGAUUAUAGACCUGGAGCUGCAGUGUUGGAGUAUUGAGACUCGGUCACACCAGAAACAUGCUGUUCGCCUUCUCCCAGUCUAUUCAUUUUCAAUUCCCGAAUGUAACUCCGCUGCUGCUUGCACUAACCUUGUUUUAGCUGAGAAGAGCUGAAGACCAUUUUGCGCCUAUUUUGUGCCCAGCUGUGAGCCAUUUCUUAUAUCCUGCCAGUGUUGGGUUCCUAAACAGGGUCGAAUUACACCCGGAGAGCCAUGCAAUGCUCCAUGUGACUCUGGACCAUAUCGCUGUGGCAGUGGACCUUUCUCUGGACACCCGGGCCUGGUCGGGUGGCUUUGUUGAGCAUGUUAAACCACUGCACCACCCAAGGGUCCCAAGUAGGAGAUUUUAAGCCGAAAUAGUCUGUAAUUAUACAUACCAUAAGUUAGAAGUAUAGUUCUAACUAAUCCAAUUCCCUAUUUCAAUUCCUUUACUGCUUGCACUACCCACAUUCUGGCCAAGGAGAGCUGCAGACCAGCACCUACCCCCUCCAACAAUGCUGAGUGCUCCCAUACACCAGCCAGCGGUGGAUUCUCACCUACUCGUGCUGGCACUUUGACCAGACAGCAGGAGGCGCUGUUGGUGCAGCAAUGAGAAGAACUCCAAUCCCACCCCCUUAGACACAGCCAAAUGCAUCUGAUUAGAUCCUGACCACACUGGUUGAACUGUAGCUUUUUUAUGACAUCAAAAGCUUUAACUACUCUGUCCAGUGGUGGACUAGAGAUUCAGACUGCCCAUCCACCCCAGAGCCAGUCAUUCAGCCAUUCUAGUCAAUCAGUUCAGCCUCUCGAAUGAUUGGAAAGCACAUCGCUGUGUUUUUAUUAAAAUGUUUGGGGUAAGCUGGAUGGUAGCUUUUUCAAAUCUCAGCCGGUGUCUUUUAGAGGUUAACACAUCAGGGCAUUUGUGGCACUGGCAUUUGCUUUUAAGGCAAAUUUGUCUUAUCAGCAUUUCAGGUGGGAUUUCGCAGACCUGGUGUGACCGGGUCUUUUUUACUCAUCUACUAUGACGUAUUAUUGCAUUAUUACUGAUUUAUCUGAUCUAACAUCAGCUUGAAGCAUGAAGCCCUAACAGGUUAUGUACACAAUAUAUAUUUAUAUUUCUCUGAGUGAUAAAGGUUCAGCAGGAUUCUCUCGUAGCAGGAGAACAUUCACGAUACACUGUGUGGUCAAAAGUAUUCGGACAGCCCUGCUAAUACUUGAAUUUAUGUGUUUUUAUAGGUGAGGAGUGUGACUGAAACAACACUACUUAGUAAUUAGGAAGGGUGUCUACAUAAUUUUGGUCAUAUUACACUAUAUUGUUGCUUGCAGAUCUGUAGAAAAUCUUGAAGAUAAUCCAGUUCAUUAUUUCCUUUAAUUUUUUUUCUGAUCAAUGAAAGGCAUUAAUUUAUUGUAUUUUACAAACACUUCGUUUCUUUGCUCUGCUCUGAAGGUUCAGGAUAAACCUGGUUCAUCUCUCUGUGAUCGAGAUGAGCAGUGUGUUCCUGUUCAGUCGGCUUUCUUUCGACGGGCUCCUGAUUGGUUAUUAUAAUGUAGCGUUCACAUUCAUCAAUGCGUUGCCCUUGACUUGGGUUUGUUUUGGCUUUUUUCCAAUGAAAUGUCAAUGAACCUGAAUAAAUUAUAAUUCUGAUUUUGCUGA